AUGAACAUGAAUGUUACCAAUCCAUAUUGUUUCACUCUUGCUCUAUUUUCCGUUGCGUUGGUCAUGUCUCUUGCUCUACGUUACUUGAGAAAACCAAAAGGUGCUCAGCUUCCUCCAGGCCCAACGGGAUGGCCAAUCAUUGGGAACUUGUUCCAAAUGGUCAUGAACCGGCCAACUCACUUGUGGAUACACCGCGUCAUGAAAAACAUGCAAACGGAGAUAGCUUGCUUCCGCUUCGCUGGCGUCCACGUCAUCACCGUAACAUCAAGCGAGAUAGCCCGAGAAGUGCUUAGGGAAAAAGACGAGGCUCUUGCCGACAGAGCUGACUCCUACUCAAGUAAUCUCAUAAGCCAUGGUUACAAGGACAUUAUUUUCUCUUCCUAUGGAGAGAGUUGGAAGCUAAUGAAGAAAGUGAUGGUCACUAAACUAAUGUCUUCUUCAACGUUGAGCAAAACGCUUGGUGAUAGAACGUUAGAAGCAGAUAAUAUCGUGACGUAUGUCUAUAAUCUAAUCCCAUUAGAGUCAAUGACUAAGUCGGUUAAUGUGAGGGAUGUCGCAUUAACUUAUUCCCACGCCGUGAUGAUGAGGAUGAUGUUUGGCCAGAGGCAUUUUGAAGAACCGACGGAAGACGGUGGUCUCGGACGGAAAGAAAGAGAGCACAUGGACGCAAUAUACCAAGCUAUUGAUUGUUUUUACAGCUCUAACAUAUCGAAUUAUAUAUCUUGCCUUAGGGGAUGGAACAUUGAUGGAGAAGAGGCGAAGCUAAGAGAAGCGGUUGAUACUAUCAACAGGUGCAACGAUCCCAUCAUCCAAGAGAGAAUGCAUUUGUGGAGGAAUAAAGGUGGAAAAGAGACCGAGGAAGAUUGGCUCGAUACUCUUAUCAUGCUUAAGGAUGACCAAGGAAUGCCUCUAUUCACACUUGAUGAGAUUAGGGCUCAAUGCAAGAAUAUCAAUGUCGCAGCAAUUGACAAUACGAUGAAUAACGUGGAGUGGACGGUAGCCGAGAUGUUGAAUCAUCAUGAGAUUAUUGAGAAAGCUACAAAUGAGUUGGACAUGGUGGUUGGUAAAGAAAGACUUGUGCAAGAAUCAGACAUACCACAACUCAACUACAUCAAAGCUUGUAGCCGCGAAUCUUUCCGACUUCGCCCUGCUAAUGCGUUCAUGCCUCCUCAUGGAGCCAUAGAAGAUACUACUCUAGCUGGUUAUUUCGUCCCCAAAGGCAGCCAAAUUCUUGUGAGCCGUUUAGGACUUGGUAGGAACCCUAAGAUAUGGGACGAGCCUGAGGCAUUCAAGCCAGAAAGACAUCUUUAUGACCGUGCUGGAGACUCAAUGGGAGUGACUCUGAUGGAACCGGAUAUGAGGUUCGUGGUAUUUAGCACUGGACGACGUGCCUGCGCAGGAACUAAGAUUGGGGCAUCUAUGACCAUCAUGUUAUUAGCAAGGCUUCUCCAGGGGUUCGAAUGGACUCUUCCUCCAGGUACAAGCCAAAUAGAGCUCGUUCCAGCGGAGAGCAACUUGUUUAUGGCCAAGCCUCUUGUAGCAUCUGUGAAACCUAGGCUGGCUCUUCAUUUAUAUCCGAAAAUGCAGAUCUGA